AUGAAAAUUAAACUUUUUUUGAUAUCCUCCUUUAUCGUCGCUUUCUACGUAGCUUAUCGCAUUGCUCUUCAGGGCCUUGGUGCUUCUUAUUCCGAUUUAACGCCUGUACAAAGUAUCCUUGGAAACGUGACAUUUUUAUUUAGUAUGUGCAUGCAAUCGUGGGCUCUUGCUAAGCACUUCUUCCAGGCUGUUAGAGCAAGAAAAGUGAAAACGUUUCUUUGGAUAAUAGGAUCUACCCUCUUUACAUUUAUUGUAGCCACAAUGGUUGCUUACUUGAUUUAUCCUGCGUAUGACAAGCAAGACAAAACAGGUAAAGUUUAUAUUGCUUUAUUCAGCCCUCUGAUUGGAGUUGUUCUGAAAGCUUCCUCGCGCCUGUUUGUUCAGCGUUUAUGGAGAAUAAGUCAUCCCGGAAAAACCUUUGUAUAUCUAGUACCACUGUAUUAUGGGUCUGCCGUCGUGCUAAGGCUUCUUCAAGUGGAUCUGGAUAGUUUGAAGGCAGUGGCUUUGAUCGGAGCCAUCCACGGCAUCGCAGAGGUUAUAGAAAGAAGUAUUAUAGUCUUGAUUGACUACAUUUACCAUCAGAUCUAUGAAAGAAAACGUCUUUCUUGGGGAAGUUUUCGAACCGCUCGAUGCGAGAGAUUAGCGACAGAUAUUGCCAUAAUGAGUAUGCUUUAUGAAGCAAGUGCUGUUAUCUCCGUGAACGGCUUUCUUCACUUGCAUGAAUAUUUCUACACAGUGGACAAGACAUCACUGGAAUUGGUUCAGUCGUUUGCGAUCACUACAGCAGUUCCACUGAUUAUAGAGUGGUUCUUCACGUGUUUGAGUAUAGCUAUUGAGACGCGGUAUCAGAACAAGUCAAUUAUGGCAGUCUGGCGAAGGCAGUGGAAAAUACACUUGACCGUGGCAAUGGUAAAUACAUUGCCAAUAGCUGCUUGGUCAAGCCUGAAUCUUUUGACCUCAAUUGAGGGACGAUUCCCUACUGUUGUGGACUAUUGCGAGAUGCCAUUUAGCCAUUUAUAGAAAAUAAUUUUAGAGGUUUUAGCUGGGGUUAAGCUUUAAUGGUAAGAGUGUGCAUGAGGGGAAGCGAAAGCUUUUCUUGAUUUUAAAAAAAGUGUUCUAAGAGAUAGCCGUCCUGAUUUUUGCUCUAAUGUUAUUCGUAAAAGCGAACUGUGUGCACAACAAUGUCAAUGAGUAUUUCGAAGGAGGAUGGAAAAAGAAAAACAAAAGGGUGUCCAAGCAUUCCCUUUUUCUUCAGAAGUGGAAACUUUCUAUUGGUUGAAAGGGGACAAGAGUGCCUUUACCUUGAUGACUUCCUAUCACGCGGAUGUCAGUGCGCGCGUAAAGGUAUUUGCUGCAAGAAGAUUAGCUACAGACUUCAACUGAAAGGUUGUAACAAUUCUGCCAACUGCAUUUAGUAAAACUCUCAGCACCAGCUUGUCGUAACAGGAAAAGAAAGAAUACGCGGAGAUUCUGUACGGGCCUGGGGCAGUUUCGGCUCCCUUCCUCUUUAGCAUCCACGGAUUUUUGGAAACAGACUAUUUGGAAUCGAAUAAUUGUUUAUUGUUGGAAAUUGAUACUUUUCUUCCAAACAACCGGCGCUUAGUUUCAUAUAAUAAAUCACAGACUAGAUCAUGUCAUCUGACUUGUAAUCAUUGCAAAUACUUCCGUUGUCAGCCAUUUCAUUAUUUCAGCUUUAUUUAUCCUAUUACUACUAUAUGUAGUACAUGUAGAUACGGCCUUUCCAGAUUCUGCUCCGAAAAAGUUAAAAGGUUGCUAAGAAAUAUGCCAAAAAGUUGCUCAAAAGUUGCUCAAUAUUGAAAAAAUUGCCCAAAAAUUUUGCUAAAGUUGCUCGAAUAUUUUUAAGACGGCAUGUCUAAUUUUAGUAACAAUUGCUUUUGUAAUCAACACUAAGGUACAACUAAGUAACUAGUUACAACAAAUUAGGCAACCUUCAGUUGAAUAUAAGUGGCUAGUCUGAUCUGGUCAGCCAUUUUGUUUACAUACAGUCCUCAGGCUACCGCAACCUCGUUCCCAGGGCUUUUCUCUCUCGUGGGGGGCGCCCCCCAGGAGAAGGGAAAAACCCUGGGAACGAGGUUGAGGCUACCCAAUAAUAAGGUAUUAAGUUGUUUGAAGCCACAAGCUGGUUUUGCUGAACGAGAAAAGAAGCUAUACUGCCGCCUCGAUUGCUCUAGUGAAUGGCUGCAUAGCCUGUAUUUGAAGCUGGUUACUUGUGAUUUAUAUUCUUGACGUCGGAUAAACAAGCUGCAGUUAUCUAUCGGCGAGUGACUCGAUCGGCGAAUGGCUUCGCGAUCAUGAAGAAACAACACUUGUCUUCUUUCGUAGCUGGUCAAGGUACUUUAGUUCCAUGUGUUUUCAUGUGUUUUUCGACAAACUUUCAAACAAGCUCUUGUGGCUUUUUUGUUUGUUUUUGUCUUUUGUCUUUCGAUGAAAUUGCAUUUCUAGUAUUCUAAGAAAUGAAUUAAAACGAUUUGCUUCGGGCGCCGUUCUAUCCUUCGCGCAAUAAAAUCUCAGCUAGCUUCCAAUUUUAAACUGACGAGUACACCGACCAUAUAUGGAGAGCAUGGUAUAAUAGCUCAUAUACCAUAACGGCUAAGCCAAUCAAAAUGCUAGAAUUGCAUUAUCCAAUGAUUCAGUUUUUAAUAAAGAGUGAUAUUUGUUCCGAUACACAUUAUUUAUUUAUACUCGAAAACAUGGAACUUGCUAAGCAUUUAGCUUCUGAGGAGCUAAUGCGUCUGUUUUAAAAGAUAAAUACAAUUAAAUUAGUUAAAACAAAAUAGUCAAUAUUAUAUCAACUAUUUACAUGGCUAAAAACUAUAGGAUAAUAGUAAAAACCAUUGUUAGCUACAUGAUAACAGAACUGAGAAAAGGGGAAAUGGGAAAAUCAGAAAACAUUAUCCGUAACUGGUUGGUAAUGCAUUAGGUAACAGUGACAAGCGUCAAAGUAUGCAACUGUAUGAAUAAAUAUUGUCUCAAAGUGUCUUAAUAUUAAAGCAUUGAAGCUUUCGACUACUUCUCCCAGUGUCUAGAAAUAGACAAAUUGUUGCAAUACACAGUCAAAAUUGAGUUCCGAUGCUUUGAUAAUAAGCAGAGAUCUUUAGAGAAGAGUAAUUUAUACAAGGUCAAGAAUACCUAAGCACACACAGUCAGGUCAAAUAUCCAUCAAUCGUUAAAGUCAGUGACUUCCGUAUUAUCCUUUUUCUGUCUUAGGCACAUUCUUGUGAUACGAUGCAACACCAAUUGUUUCCAUAAAACCCUAUUUUUAUACCUUGUCAAAUAUGUUAACAGAAAUAUUUCGUUUCUUGUCAUAAUAAGGCUCCCUUCUAGCUACUUCUGUAUUCUUCUGAUUCUUUCCGACAAUAUCGUUUGAUGUGAUAUUAAAUAUGACAUUGGGAUAAAAUGUUUGAUUCUGAUUUGUGUCAUGUAGCAACACUCCUUUAUUGCAUUUGGUGCAGAAUACCGGGUGAAAGAUAACAUCGUUAUUGUUGUGAACUACAUUCGCAGGGAGACAUAUACCCCUAGUUCAGAACAAUUGAUAAAUACUCUUAUUAACAAGCAUGCAGUACCGUUUUAUGUGAAUGCAGGCUAUGGAAGAUGAUUGAAGCUGAAACGGCAAGAUGCCUAAAUGUUUUUUGCCUAUUUUUUUUCAAGUUACUAAAAGAACGAAUGACACUUAAAAGAAUAAUAAAUGACACAUUUUCUCAGCAAAUGUUCUCAGAUAAUCAGCAAACGAUCACAUUGCACAUCACUAGCUGUUCUUAAGACUUACGGGUUUACAGACGUUUUUGACAUUUUGACAUUUCAUUUCGGUUUCGCCGGCUUUGCAAUAACUAUUUAAACACACCAGUAUCUGAAACCUCGUCCACUAGGAAGUUCCGUGACCGACUUCAAUGUACAAUCUAGUAUUUAAAACUUAAGAAAAACAACUUUUGACAGCAACUACUUCUUUCAUUGUUGGAAACCUUUUUUUGCAUCGUGAUUGCAUCGUAAACAUCCUUUAUAACUGCUUGAAACCGUAACUGAAACCGCCUCAACUGCUCAAACUACGGUAUAUGAUUAAUUAGGCGUGAUUCAAUCGUAAACUAUAAUCAGCCUUGAUAUUUUGAUCUGACCGGCAUCAAAAAUGGUUAGAAGUGCUCUCGUGGAAGUAUGUGGAAGUAUAAUUUUUGGAUUGACACGCAGUGUAGCUGAACAUUACGACCCAAGUUGGGUCGAGUUUGAUCCAGAAACUUUCGGUUUUCAUCUUCUGGAAAGCACGGGCUUAGAAUGGAACAGUGAUCCCGUUGACGAGUUUAUUUUCCAAGAGUACGGUGACAGAGAAGUCCGCAGAAGUGCUGUUCAACGCAUUACAGACGCUUGCUCGCCAGAAGACCAUGAUGACUCACAGGAUGAACAAGAAUACAGAGCAAUGGAGUGGAAGAAAUUUAGACCUUCGAAAAUACGUACACUUUGGUAUUCAAUGUACUUUGGAUUUUUUAUUUCCAUAUUGGCUGCCACACUGAUUGGAACGUUCUCUAUCCUUGUGUAUUACGUUGGUUAUCAAGUCACAUUAGUUUGCCUGGCUCGACCGAAGGAUUCCAUCCCAUCGAAAAUCCAAUGGUCGAAAACCAUUUCUGAGUGCAUGGAAAUCAUUUUUCUUCAUCUUUGGUUUUUUGUUAAUACUCUGUUUUUCUUUAGAUCGUAUCAAAUCAUGGGACUGAAAAGUAAGCUUUUCCUGGUAUCGUCCGUUUUUUACGUUUUAGAUGCUGCUUAUCGCAUUGCUCUUCAGGCGCUCGGUAUUUCUCGAUCAGAGUUAACGCCUUUGCAAAGAAUCCCUGGAAAUAUUUUAUUUUCGUUUAGUAUCGGCGUGCAAUCCUGUGUUCUUGCUAGGCAUUUUUUUCGAGCUGUCGUCGGACCAAGAAAACUAACGUUUCUCUUGAUGAUAGGAUCUUGCGCUUUGACUUUUACUGUAGCUAUACUGGUUUCUUACCUUAUUUAUCCAGCGUACAACAAGCAAGACAAAACAGGUAAAAUCUAUAUUGCAGUGUUCACCCCUCUGAUAACGGUUGUUUUGAAAGGUUCAUCACGCCUUUGUGUGCAGCGUUUAUGGAGAAUAAGUCAUCCAGGAACGUCGUUUCUGUUGCUUGUGCCGCUCUAUUAUGGGUCGGCUGUCAUGUUAAGAGUUUUGCAAGUGGAUCUGAGUACUCUAAAAUCCGUGGCUUUGAUCGGAAUAAUCCAUGGUAUUGCAGAGGUUAUAGAGAGAAGCAUCGUUGUAUUGAUUGAUUACAUUAACCAUCAGAUUUGUGAAAGACGACGCAUUUCUUGGGGAAGUUUUCGCACCCCUCGACGAGAGAGAUUAGCGACAGACAUCGCCAUAAUGAGUAUGCUGUGUGAGGCAAGCGCUAUUAUCUCCGUGAACGGCUUUCUUCACUUGCAUGAAUAUUUUUACACUGACGGCAAAACAGUAGUGGAACUACUUCAGUCAUUUGCGAUCACUACAGCAGUCCCACUGAUUAUAGAGUGGUUCUUCACGUGUUUAAGUAUAGCUAUCGAGACACGGUAUCAGAACAGGCCAAUUAUGGCAGUCUGGCGAAGGCAUUGGAAAAGGCACAUAACCGUUGCAAUUGUGAAUGCAUUGCCGAUAGCGAUUUGGACAAGCACAAGCCUGUUGAUCGCUAUACAGGGAAGAUUCCCCAAAGAGAGAGACUACUGUGUAUUGCCAUUUACUCAUCCUUAA